AGAGCGCCCGGGCGCGGACGCGCCGCGGGCUGAGGCCACGGAGCGCUGGAGAUGUCCUGUCCGCGCCGCCUGCUGCUCAGCUACCUGUUCCCGGCCCUCCUGCUGCACGGGCUGGGAGAGGGUUCUGCCCUCCUUCAUCCUGAUGGCAGAUCCCAUCCUCGGUCCUUAGAGAAAAGUGCCUGGAGGGCUUUCAAGGAGUCCCAGUGUCACCACAUGCUCAGACACCUCCACAAUGGCGCGCGGAUCACUGUGCAGAUGCCACCGACCAUCGAGGGCCACUGGGUCUCCACAGGCUGCGAGGUGCGGUCGGGGCCAGAGUUCCUCACGAGGUCCUACAGGUUCUACCACAACAACACCUUUCAGGCCUACCAAUUUUACUAUGGCAGCAACCGGUGCACAAAUCCCACCUAUACCCUCAUCAUCCGUGGCAAGAUCCGCCUGCGCCAGGCCUCCUGGAUCAUCCGUGGAGGCACGGAGGCCGACUACCAGCUGCACAACGUCCAGGUCAUCUGCCACACGGACGCGGUGGCCGAGCAGCUCAGCCAGCUGGUGAACCGCACAUGUCCAGGCUUCCUGGCCACCGGGGGCCCCUGGGUGCAGGACGUGGCCUACGACCUGUGGCGGGAGGAGAACGGCUGCGAGUGCACCAGGGCCGUGAACUUUGCCAUGCACGAGCUGCAGCUCAUCCGCGUGGAGAAGCAGUACCUGCACCAGAACCUGGACCACCUGGUGCAGGAGCUCUUCCUCGGGGACAUCCACACAGACGCCACCCAGCGGGUGUUCUACCGGCCCUCCAGUUAUCAGCCGCCCCUGCAGAAUGCCAAGAACCAUGACCACGCCUGCAUCGCCUGUCGGAUCAUCUACCGGUCGGACGAGCACCACCCUCCCAUCCUGCCCCCCAAGGCCGAGCUGACCAUCGGACUGCACGGGGAGUGGGUGAGCCAGCGCUGCGAGGUGCGCCCCGAGGUCCUCUUCCUCACCCGCCACUUCAUCUUCCACGACAACAACCACACCUGGGAGGGACACUACUACCACUACUCGGACCCCGUGUGCAAGCACCCCACCUUCACCAUCUACGCCCGGGGCCGCUACAGCCGCGGCGUGCUCUCCUCCAGGGUCCUGGGCGGCACCGAGUUUGUGUUCAAAGUGAAUCACAUGAAGGUCACCCCCAUGGAUGCGGCCACAGCCUCGCUCCUCAACGUCUUCAACGGGAACGAGUGUGGGGCCGAGGGGUCCUGGCAGGUGGGCAUCCAGCAGGACGUGACACACACCAACGGGUGCGUGGCCCUGGGCAUCAAGCUACCUCACACGGAGUACGAGAUCUUCAAGAUGGAGCAGGAUGCCCGGGGGCGCUACCUGCUCUUCAACGGCCAGAGGCCCAGYGACGGGUCCAGUCCUGACAGGCCGGAGAAGAGGGCCACCUCCUACCAGAUGCCCCUGGUGCAGUGUGCCUCCUCCUCGCCCCGAGCAGARGACUCGCCCGAGGACAGUCGUGGCCACCCUUACGGCCGGGCACCGGGAGCUGCAGCCUGGCCGCUGCUGCUUGCCACUCUCGCCACCCUUUUGACUCUUCUGCAGUGGAACGUCCUCAGAUAGAAGUUUUUAGAAAGUUAUAUUUUUCUAAGCCAGGAUUUCUUAUCAUUUACAGAUUUUCUUUACAAAAAAGGAAAGACAUUGAUUCUUCUGAUGCACUUGAAAGCCUGAGGCCGUCCCCUCUGCCCUCCCUCCCUCCAGCCCUGAGUGGUGACCAGCUGGUUUGAAGUCUCUGCUUUGAACUCCAGCCAGCCAGAUCCCGAUUGCCCUCGGGGUCUGCAGACGGCCUGGCUUCAGGCUGGCACAUUGGGAGAAUGUGGGCAGAGAGCGAGGUCCUCUGGCCCUUGYCCUCCUCAGUGUGGUUGUGGUUCUGAGUUGAGCUUAGAAGAAGCAGCUGUCCAGUUCCCACUCCUGCCCUUUACCACGGCUGCCCCCAGCCUCCUUGAGACAGUUUUCCUCUCUGCAUUUUCUGGGCUGGAGAGCUGGUCUGGGACCGCCCUGGAGACCCCGGGUGUUAAUGAAGAGGGUGUGGAUGUGUACACAGGAGAGCUGCGAGGUUCAGCGAGACGGCUUAUACAGCGUU